CCCAAGUGAAAGAAUCAUUUCCGGGCGUGGUCAUAGACGCAAGUACGGGAGGGGCGUGUCCUUUCAGGAUCUGGCGCGCCCUCCAGUUCACUGAGGCAGUCGUCAGGCGGGAGCCGGACGGAGUGGACGGCCGCUUUUCUCACAUCUUCAGACUGAGGUUUCAAAGGAAACUUCCCGAAGUGACUCUUCCAGCAGAACACAAAUAUGUUUAACCUAAGGACUUGUGCCUCUAAACUCCGGCCUUUAACGGCCUCCCAGACUGUACGUUCCCUCACACACAAAAAGCCUGCGGCCCCCAGGACGUUUCAGCAAUUCAGGUGCCUUAGUACACCUGUGGCCGCAGAGCCUUUUCUCAGUGGGACUAGCUCCAACUAUGUGGAGGAAAUGUACUAUGCUUGGCUAGAAAACCCUAAGAGUGUCCACAAGUCAUGGGACAUCUUCUUCCGGAACGCAAAUGCCGGCGCAUCCCCUGGCGCAGCUUACCAAAGUCCUCCUCCUCUCGGCAGCAGUCUGUCCACCCUUUCGCAGGCGCAGUCGUUGGUCCAGGCCCGGCCUAACAUAGACAAGCUUGUGGGGGAUCAUCUCGCUGUGCAGUCGCUCAUCCGUGCCUAUCAGAUCCGUGGGCACCAUGUUGCUCAACUUGAUCCACUUGGCAUUCUGGAUGCAGAUCUGGACUCGUGCGUGCCAGCAGAUAUUAUCACUUCCUCAGACAAACUCGGGUUUUAUGGGCUGGAGGAAUCUGACCUGGAUAAAGUCUUCCAUCUCCCGACCACUACGUUCAUCGGCAGCAAUGAGAUGGCUCUGCCCCUGAGAGAGAUCAUUCGAAGGCUCGAGAGUGCAUACUGCCAGCACAUUGGAGUGGAAUUCAUGUUUAUAAAUGAUCUGGAGCAAUGUCAGUGGAUAAGGCAGAAGUUUGAGACCCCAGGAAUCAUGCAGUUUAACAGUGAAGAGAAGAGAACUCUGCUCGCCAGGCUGGUUAGAUCUACCAGGUUUGAAGAGUUUCUCCAUCGCAAGUGGUCUUCUGAGAAGCGCUUUGGUUUGGAGGGGUGUGAGGUCUUGAUACCUGCUCUGAAAACAAUCAUUGAUAAAUCAAGUGAAAAUGGCGUGGAUUAUGUCAUCAUGGGGAUGCCCCACAGGGGCCGACUGAAUGUGCUGGCCAAUGUGAUUAGGAAAGAGCUGGAGCAGAUUUUCUGUCAAUUUGAUUCCAAACUGGAAGCUACAGAUGAGGGCUCUGGAGACGUUAAGUACCACCUGGGAAUGUAUCACAGGAGGAUAAACCGAGUGACUGACAGAAACAUCACUCUGUCUUUGAUGGCAAACCCCUCCCAUCUGGAGGCAGCAGACCCUGUGGUCCAGGGAAAGACCAAAGCUGAGCAGUUCUACUGUGGAGACACAGAGGGCAAAAAGGUGAUGUCCAUCCUUUUGCAUGGAGAUGCUGCAUUCGCUGGACAGGGCAUUGUAUAUGAGACCUUUCACCUUAGUGACCUCCCAUCCUACACUACACAUGGCACUGUACACGUGGUGGUGAACAAUCAGAUUGGUUUCACCACUGAUCCUCGAAUGGCCCGUUCCUCCCCUUACCCAACAGAUGUGGCCAGAGUGGUGAAUGCCCCCAUCUUCCACGUCAAUGCAGAUGACCCUGAAGCUGUGAUGUAUGUGUGUAAUGUGGCUGCUGAAUGGAGAAGCACCUUCCACAAGGAUGUUGUAGUAGAUCUGGUGUGUUACCGUAGGAAUGGUCACAAUGAGAUGGAUGAGCCCAUGUUCACCCAGCCGCUCAUGUACAAGCAGAUUCGUAAGCAGAAGACAGUGCUACAGAAAUAUGCGGAGACCCUCGUCUCUCAGGGAGUGGUCAACCAAUCGGAAUAUGAGGAGGAAAUUUCAAAAUAUGACAAAAUUUGUGAAGAGGCGUUUGCCCGAUCUAAAGAUGAAAAGAUCCUUCACAUCAAGCACUGGCUGGACUCCCCCUGGCCUGGUUUUUUCACCCUGGACGGGCAGCCCCGCAGCAUGACCUGCCCUUCUACUGGCCUCAGUGAGGAGGAAUUGACGCACAUCGGAAAUGUGGCCAGCUCUGUGCCUGUGGAGGAUUUCACAAUACAUGGAGGUCUCAGCCGUAUACUUAAAGGUCGUGGGGAGAUGGUAAAGAACAGGACCGUGGAUUGGGCCCUUGCCGAGUACAUGUCGUUGGGCUCCUUGCUUAAAGAAGGCAUCCAUAUCCGACUGAGUGGGCAAGAUGUAGAGAGAGGCACCUUCAGUCACCGGCACCAUGUGUUGCAUGAUCAAAACGUGGACAAGAGGACUUGCAUCCCAAUGAAUCACCUGUGGCCUAACCAGGCUCCUUACACUGUGUGCAACAGCUCCUUGUCUGAAUACGGGGUGCUAGGGUUUGAGCUGGGAUUUGCCAUGGCGAGCCCAAAUGCCUUGGUUUUGUGGGAGGCCCAGUUUGGAGAUUUCCACAACACGGCGCAAUGUAUCAUCGACCAGUUUGUUUGUCCAGGUCAAGCCAAGUGGGUGCGGCAGAAUGGAAUUGUAUUGCUGCUGCCACAUGGAAUGGAGGGCAUGGGUCCAGAACAUUCCUCCGCCAGACCAGAACGUUUCUUGCAGAUGUGCAACGAUGACUCCGAUGUGUGGCCUAAAGCCUCUGAAGACUUCGCUGUACGCCAGCUUUAUGACUGCAACUGGAUUGUUGUCAACUGCUCCACUCCAGCCAAUUUCUUCCAUGUGAUUCGCAGGCAGAUCCUGUUGCCUUUCCGCAAACCGCUGAUUGUCUUCACUCCCAAGUCCCUCCUGCGCCACCCUGAAGCCAGGUCCAGUUUUGAUGAUAUGUUGGCUGGCACUCAUUUUGAGAGAAUUAUCCCAGAUGCAGGCCCCGCCUCCCAGAACCCGGAGGGGGUGAAGCGCUUGAUUUUCUGCGCAGGGAAGGUGUACUAUGAUCUGACUAAAGAGCGCUCAGGCCGUGGCAUGGAAGGGGACGUGGCCAUCACUCGUGUUGAGCAGUUGUCUCCAUUCCCGUUUGACCUUGUGGAGAAGGAAGUGCAGAAAUAUCCCAAUGCCGACUUGGUUUGGUGCCAGGAAGAGCACAAGAACCAGGGGUAUUACGACUACGUGAAGCCCAGGCUACGCACUACAAUACACCGCGCUAAGCCUGUCUGGUACGCUGGGCGUGAUCCUGCCGCUGCCCCCGCCACCGGCAACAAGAAAACCCACCUGACUGAACUGAAACGUCUGCUCGAUACUUCGUUCAACUUGGAUUCUUUUAAGGGCCACUCUUAGACCUGCACCUACUUCUCUCCUUUUGCACUCCCUGACUCUUCAUCUGUACAUUCACCGGGGACUCUCCAUGUCUUUGCUUGUCCUUGGCAGAGAAGGUUUUCUAACUGUCAUUUACUUUUGUUUCUUGCUGCUAUCAAUGUCCCCCCCAACACAAGAUUAUCUACAGGUAGUGGAGGAGAGGGGAUGUGGUUGGUACCCAUACGCGUCUGCCAUUACCUCAAUGUUUUUGAUUCCUUUUAAAAUUGUGUUAGUUGCGCAGAACAAUUGGCAUGAAGUCGCCCGCUAUUUUAAUCCAGGAUGUCUGAAUUGCAACUCUGAGCGUUGAAAGCUGGCAGUUGUAGUUCAGCGGCUGGAGAGACAAGUUGGUUGUCUUUGUUUUAAAUAAAGGAUUCCUGCCAGUCUUUUAAUGUCCUUCACUGCUGGCUGGUCCUGCAAGGCACUGGAUAGGGUUUAUAUAAUAAAUAAAGUACCCCCUAUUGUAAAUUAUAAGGAUAUUAUAAGUCACUGAGGAGUUCCAUGACCAUAUAAUACAUAUACAGGUCAUGGAACUCCGAGGUGACUUCUAAUAUCCUCAUAUUUUCAAACAAGGGGUACUUUAUUAUAAUACACAAGUUUCAGUGAGUCAUGUGACAAAUGACAUUACUAGUCACCGUUUAUAACUGAUGACAUCACUAGUCACCGUUUAUAAGGAUAUAAUUAACAAGAUAUUCAUGGCUUUUGUGUAUUAUAUGACAGAUUAUUGCAAUGGGCUGUUGGACUAUUGAGGCAGAAUGGGUUAUUGUAGCCCCACAUUUUUGCACAGCCCGUUUUGUAUAUUGAUACAAUUGUUGCUGUACAGAGGCGUGUCCUUGGUUUUAGGCAAUAUUCAGCAUGAGUUGUUUUCUCUCCAUAGUUAUUUAACAUGUUGUGUAAAUAGCUUGCAGAACUGUUUACAUGGAUAAAUAUUUUACCAGAUUUCCUGACCCCCCCCCCCCUUUUAUUUAAAUAAGAAUGACCUGUUCUCGAGUGAAUACCGAUAUGGCUUUACAGGCUCUUCUAUUAUCAUGCGGGAGGGGGGAAUUGUAGUGUAAGGUAAAUAGCCGGUGUUUGGAUUUUAACCCUCUAUCUUCCCAGCCUCUAUCAGGAGGUUGAAUUUUUAUAUGCAGCUAGAAACCUUUAUACAGCCCCCCCCAUGCAUGGGCCAAUAAAAGCUGCCUACAGACGGCAGCUUAUUGGCCCGUGCAUGGAGCCAUCCCACUGGCUUCCCCAAUCGAUAUCUGGCUGAAAGUCAGGGUAAAAAAAACGCGUUGCCUCGCUGCCGCAUCUAUUCGUGUAUGUGGUCCCACAAUCCGAUCGCCAGUACCGGAUCCAUUAUGAUCCGAUCAUUGGGCCCUAGGACCCACGAUUGGAUCAGCCCGAUAUCGCCCACUUUAAUGUGGGCAUAUCGGGUCACCAAACGAGCGGAUCUCUACAUUUAUAGCCACCUUAAGAGAAGGGGGAUCAUUGCAAAUCAUCGUCUUGGCAAAGGAUUCUGGGUAACACAUCAGCCAUCCUUUUAGCUAUCCGUGUACUUUUGCACUUUUUUUUUUUUUUUUUACAAAUACCCAGCAUUCUUUGCUGUCUUAACCCAUUCUCUGCCAUCCCUAGUUCCCGUGGUUGAUAUAAAUUACGCAGCAGCCCCUUUACAGCGACAUGUGCCAAAUUGUGCUCCCCAAACGCAGGAGGAAGAAACAAAAACAAGCGUGCCCCAGGAACCAAUCGAGCGAAAGGAUUUUAUAAGAAGGCCACUGACAAAAACAAUCUUAUUUAUUUUGUUAAAUAAAAAAAAAUCUACGUUUA